AUGGCAAAUUUAGACAAGAUUCUCCAGGAACUUGUUGUUCCUAAACAUGAUAACUCCACACCAGACAUUAAUGGUAUUUUGGCUGGCUACACCACGUCUGCAUCUACCCAGUAUGUUGGAGCAGCAGGUGUCAAGAACAUCGAGACCAUGGAGCCUGUGGAUCUCGACACCGUGGUGUCCUUCUUCAGUUGUACAAAGACCAUGACUGCUAUGGCCAUGUUGAAGUUGUGGGAAGAAGGAAAAGUCGACUUGGACGCUCCAGCAAAGACAUACUUGCCAAUCCUUGGAGAGUUUGGCAUAAUUGAAGAGGAUCAAUUGGAUACAGACACGGGAAAGUUGAAGUAUCCGGCGAAAAAGCCAGAGAUUGAUGUAACUAUCCGUCACUUACUCUUGAACAAUUCAGGAUUUGCGUACAUGUUCACAGACUCAGACUACCUCGUACUCCACAUAAAGCAUAAGACUCAUGGAGGUAACCCUACACCUAAACUAUUCACACCAGAGGUGAUGCCGUUGCUUUUCGAGCCAGGCACUCAGUGGAGAUACGGCCAUUCUAUGGAUUGGGUUGGGCUCAUUGUCCAGGCUGUAUCGGGCAUGAAGCUCUCAGAGUUUCUCAAGAAGAACAUCUUUGAACAAGCAGGAAUGGACCACUGUACAUUUCGAAUUGACGAUCCAUCCAAAAUGAUGAAGUUGCACCAAAGAUCCAAGGAUCAGUUGAAGCUUCUGCGCAUGAAACCACUCCCGUUGAGACCUACUGUUGAUAUGGGAGGUCAAGGCUGUUUUGGCACCGUGGGUGACUAUCUUAAGUUUCUUCGGAUCUGGUUAAACUAUGGCACGAGCCCAGACACCGGGAAACGAAUUUUAAGAAGAGAAACAGUAGAAUAUGCAAUUCAAAACCAUUUACCAGAUGGCCAAUUUGUGGAAUUUGCAACUGCCAUGAACAUCAAUGAAGGUGAAUUUGACCCUGAUGGAUUUACAUUGGCAGGAUGUGCUUAUAACAACAACGAUUUGCCUACUGGAAGACCCAGUGGUUCUAUUUACUGGGGAGGUUUAGCCAACUUAUACUUCUGGAUCGAUUUCAAGAAUGAUUGUGCUGGCUUCUUUGGAUGUCAGAUGAUGCCAUACAUGGAUCUGAAAUGUGUGUUGGGGUACAUUCGGUUCGAAUAUGAAGCAUACCAGGAUUUGAAGAGAAGAAGAAGUAAGAUUUAG